AUGAACAAUUUAAAAAAAUACGACAAGACAGUAAAUUUUGAAGAUAGAUCACGCAACAGAGACAAAAGUCCACAUCCACACAAAUCAGAUUACAAAGGCAGGAACAAUUAUAGGGAAAAAAGUCCUUAUCCCGAUAGGUACAACGACUAUAAGUUCAGAGAAAAUAGUAAAGAUAGAUAUAAUAACCAUAAAUACAGAGAUAACAGCAGAGAAAUUAGCAAUAAUAGAGAUAGGUCUUAUUCAAGGGAUAGGAAAAACUCCUACGACAGGUCCAGAGAUACAAGCAGAAAUAGAUAUAACAACAGAAAUCGUGGAGAUGACGCAAAUAGAAAACAGCACAUAAACGACGAUGACGAAAAAGCUGUAGAAAACAUCGUAACAAUAAGUAGUUUGAACCCACUAAACGAAUUUCAAAAAUUCCUACUCAGCAAUAAUGAUAGAACCGACUUCCUAUGCGAUUACAGUGAACAGACGACAGUAGAAUUAUUAAAUAUGCUCGGCAUUCCUAAUUGCAAAUCUGGCUACUAUCUUAAAGAUGACGAUCUAGCGUUUAUCUGUGACCAAUUCAAUUUCAACUUAUAUUUAAUACACGAAAAUUCCGAAUAUACAAAUGCCAUAAUUUACUGGAAAUUAAAUAGGAAAAAUAUAGGGAUAUUCAAUAAAAAUUGCCAUUGGACACCAGGAAUCAUAACAGAAACAUAUAACCCUCGUCAAUUCAAUAACAUAACAAUAAACACAGUUUUUCCCAACUUUAAUACUAUAGAAGAAAAUGUAGACCAUUUCUUACACGAAUGUUUCGAUCGCUUAAAAUUAUCCCAACAAAACACUAUAGAGAAAAAUAAAACCAACAAUAAUUUUAAAACAGACAAAUCCACAAUAUGGUACUCGAAAUUUUGUCAAGACUGCGAAUAUUUGUCCACAUCCAAGGACAUACUAGACGACCAAGAUGACAGAGAACAGUAUUGGAGCGAGGGGGGAAACGUUAUGUUUUGCGAAAUAUGCGGAAACUACAUAAGGGAAUAUCGGAACCGGCCUAUACAAGAAGACGAGAAAGCCAUAGAAACCAAAAACCAGCUAAUUCAACACAAAAAUGAAAUCAAAAUCAACAAUCAAAAUAUAAGCGUAGAUUCAGAUACUGAACGAAAACAAAGAGUGCUAUCCAUAAAAAUAAAAUUAGACGACCCUUUAGACUUAGGAUGCGCACAAGUAGAACCAUGUGAAAUUAAAUUUAAAACAGACAAAUCGACAUUUCAACCACCGUAA